AGAAAGCAUUUAUUAGAUAAGUCUUUGAUAUUAAACCACCCCUCAUGUGAGACAGCCUUCGAUAAUAAGCCGUAAAGCAUAUAACACAUAAAACCGCCUUUGAUACUAAAAAUAAUAGAAGUGUAUAGUAGUGCUAAACACAUGUGGUCUGGUCGGCGGCUUGACAACUUGACAAGUGCUUGACUGCUUCUGCUUCUUCUCCUGCUUCUGCUGCCGAGCCUCCCUGCACAGUCACUCAGGAGAAGCUUGGAGACGCCUUUCGGAUCACGAUGUUCAAGAAGUUCGACGAGAAGGAGUCGGUGUCAGGCAGUCAACAGCUAAAGUCGUCCGUACAGAGAGGGAUACGUCAGAAGCUAAUAGAAUCAUUCCCCUCCCUUGGAGAGCAUGUUGAUAAGAUACUUCCCAAGAAAGAUGCCUUUAAGAUUAUCAAAUGCCAUGAGCAUAUUGAGCUGCUGGUGAAGAGUGAUGGGGAGCUUCUGUUCUUCAGACAGCGAGAAGGAGCAUGGAUGCCAACUCUGAAACUCUUACAUAAAUAUCCUUUCAUGCUUCCAUGGAUGCAAGUGGACAAAGGUGCUAUCCGGUUUAUCCUCAGUGGUGCCAACAUCAUGUGCCCAGGUCUGACAUCACCUGGAGCAAAGAUGUCCAAGGUUGACAAGAGCUGUGUAGUAGCUGUGAUGGCAGAGGGGAAGCAGCACGCCCUGUGUGUUGGUGUCACAGCAAUGUCUUCUGAAGACAUUGCCAAGACAAAUAAAGGCAUAGCUAUUGAGAACUGCCAUUACCUCAAUGAUGGACUUUGGUAUAUGAAACCUGUUAAGUAAUCUGAAUAUGUUUUAGGUAACUAAAAAAUUGCUAAGAAAUUGUGAAUCUAUUAGCAUGUAAUGGAUAAAAUAAGAAAACUUU